GAGAACCACCUUUUCUGAGCAUCACACUUUAUAACGGAGCUCUUCGUCUGUCUUUCAGAGAACAACAGUGACAUUCGUGCCUCCACCUACAGCAGAGACCAGAGUGCAGCUGCACACCACGGGAUUACAGUCAUGUAUUUCAGUAUCCAACAGCUCACUCCCAGGGACUUGAGAAUGAUGGAAUGAGAAAAAUGGGAGACGUACUUAAAAUCCUCCUGUCCGUCGUUUUGCUCAGCCGACUGUGCUGGACACAAGAUUAUGGCACUAUUCCAGUUAAACCAACAAUCAGCUCGACUUAUCGAAUUGAGUGCAAGGACGACUGUGAGUUUCAUACUGAAGAUUCGUACUACUGGUGCAACACGGAGAAAGGGUGGGAUUACUGCUCCCCGGUGCCUGACUUGACGUAUACGAGCGAUCCGUGCAGAGAGGGUCAUUUUUGUGAUACUCACGGCUAUUACUACACCUGGUGCUGGACAGAAUCAAGCUGGGGCUACUGUAGCCUUCCCCAGAACCAUGACGGUUCCAAAAUUAUUGUUCGUCAAAAAAGACAACCGAAUACUGUAGAGAUCUGUUCAGUGCAUGACAAAGCUAAAAAAAGGAGGACAACGCUCACUGCACAACCAAAUUCUAAUGUUAUAGCAGAUGGCAACAGCUGGAAGAAGGAGAUGAGUGAUUUAAUCGAAAACUGGAAAAAUGAUAAAUUACCGGACCAGGCCAAAUCCGAACUCAUCAAAUCCAAAAACCUUCGCAUCGACCUACAGGGGCUGCUGAAGAGGUCUAAUCAGAAUUAUUAUAACUUGCAAAUUCAGAUAAAUAAGAAACGCGGAAAUAACGAGAGCACCACGCUGGCCCAAGUGAUCAUGCCAGUAGAUGAAGACAUUCCUGACAGAUAUGUUCGUAGAGCCUUCGCUGAGAGCGCCAAACAGCGUGCCAGGGUUUUCAUUGACGUGACUUCCAAUAACAUUCCAAUAAGGCAAGGACAAAACUGUGAUUGAACCAACAUACUCUGCUGAAGUUCCUUCAGAGCCACCUUGCAUCAUAUUUUAUGAAUUAACGUGAUUCUUAUGUGAUUCUGCUCACAGCUGAGACAGCUUUGUGUAGAAAUAUAUAGAACAUGUUCAAUUAUAUCUAUAAUCCCAUCAUAUAGAAUGUGGAAUGAUAAUCCAGAUUAUAUUCGAAUGAAAUAGUGGAAGGAUGAAUGAUUUAUUCUGCUUCAAGCAACUGAAAUGUAACUAAAAUGUAUCCACGAAUAAAAAUCUGCAAAAAAUC